AUGGGCAGUGCCACUCCACUAGUGCGCAGCCGCAGCCUGCUCUGCCUCUGUCUGCUGCUACUCAUGUCAACACUGUGUGAUGCUGUGUCCGUGACCGCAGGAACCUCUGGCCGCAGCCACAGCCACAGUCGCCGACGCUCUGGCGGAGUUGGAGCUCAGACGCUGGAGGAGCAAUCAGACUCUGUGCCGGACCAGCUGGCACUUGCAGGACGCACCCACACCAGACGCGGCUCCAGCCAUACAGUGCACCACAGCAGAUCCAAAGAGGCGAACAACAAAGAUUAUGCCUACGGGCAGGUGGAACUGAAUCUGGUGCGACCCGAUUCUGAGGCUUUGUAUCCCAGCAGUCUGAGCACGACCUCAGCUUCAGACACAAUCACGCUGGAGGAUUCGCAGAGUGCCGCCGAGUAUGUGGCAAAUGCCAUUAAGUUGGCCUACAAGCAGCCACAGAUACAGAUGCAGCAGCCACAGAUACAAAUGCAGCAGCCACAGCUACAAUCGCAAGCACAGGCAGCACCAAAGGAGCCACAGGCCACAUCCGAGCAGCCGCAACGGGAUGAGGAACGGGAGCGACAGCUCCUGGAGUUGCACAUGCAAAAGGAGCUGCAGGCGCAGCAGCAGGCGCAGCAAGCGCCCGCACCCGUGUACGAGAAGGAGCCGGUGACACGCAGCUAUGAGCUCUACGAACAGGCAGAACCCUCGACACAGUCCCAAGCUCAAGCCCAGUCGGGGGAGAUCGAGCGGCAGUAUCGGACAAAGUACUACAAUUAUGUGCCGUAUCCGGCAACGCAGCUGUACCGCAAUCUGGAGGCUGAGGCCGAGGAGAAGGUGCGCGUGUCCGCCUCCACGGAGAUACCCAAGUCGGAGAUCAUGAAGCAGAUCGAGAAGUCGGUAAUUAAGUACAUGAAGGAGCUGGAGGCGGAGGGCAAGAUCCUAAGCACGCCACAGGAGCAGUCGAUGCCGCCGCCGCUGAUUAAAACCUACUACAAGCCGGCUUCUGCCUCGAUUUCUGUGUCCUCGACAUCUCCAUCCUCCGCGACAGUGGGCUCUGCCACAGCGUUAUCCUCGCUGUCCGAUGAGAAGCGUUACAGCAGCAGCACGGUGAGACCAAAGUACACAGCAGCGCCGGGCCAGGGUCGCCAGCAGCAGUCGUCAUCGUCAUUGUCCUCAUCGUCGUCGUCGUCGUCCUAUCACCACCAUCAUCCCAGUGGCCAUCAUCAUCAGCCGCAACAGCAGCAGCACCAGGGCAAGUUGCAUCCUCUAUCCCACGCACAGGCAAAGCCCGCACAAGUGCAGCACUUCCAGUCAGAGACGGAGACCGCCUAUCAAGCGCCCGACCUGCCCAUGGACGAGCUCAGUCCGAAUGUCGAGUUCAUCUACAAGAUCAAGACGCGUGCCCCGCUGCAGACGGCCACCGUGAAGACGGUCUCCAAGCCCUACACACUGCCCCUGAAGAACACGGAGCACUUUGAUCAUGGCGCUGCCCUCAAAAACAUCGAAGAGUUUGAUCUGUCCCAUGUGGUCGCUGGAUCAGAGCGGGAACGGGAGAGGGAACGGGAACGGGACCGUGAUCGGGAGACGGGAGAAGAGCUGCUGCAUCACCACCAGCAGCAGCAGCAGCACCAGCACCAGCACCAGCACACGCGGGCAACCAAUGGGAAGCCACACAAGCUGUACUUCAACUCGGAGAUCUAUCACGACAUCAACUCGCUGCCUUUCAAGGGCGGCGACAAGGGACGACACGAUCCGGAGGCGGAGCGGGUCAUCCAGGAGUACCGGCACAAGCUGAAGGCAGCCACCGGGGAUCUCCAUCCGGACUACAAGGGCUACACGGGCUACUUUGCCGAGCCGGAUCCAGACUCGGAGCGCGAGGAGCGAGAGCAGGCGAAGCUGCAGCUGCAGCUGCAACUGCAAUUGCAGUCCCAGGAAGAUGGUUAUCCCAUAGUCAAUCCCUAUCCCUAUCUGCUGAAGAAGGAGCCGCUGGGCGCCUCCAAGUACGAGGAUGAGCACGAAUCCUGGGCGGAGCAGCCGCUCCGUCUGGUCCACACACACGGCCACCCACUCGGCCACAGCCAGAGCCACGCCCACGCUCAUGCCCAUGCCCAUGGCCAUGCCAAGAGCCAGCACAAAGGGCAGCAGGGCCAAAGUCAGGGUCAAGGUGGUGGGAUCAACAGCAGCCUGGAGUACGACAGCUACAGCCCCCGGUUCAAUAAUAAUCCCGAGGGUUACGGCUACCAGCACACGUACAAGGGCUCCUCUGGCGGUGGCGGAGGCGGGUCAGUGCCAGCCGGAGGUGGGGGCAAGCGUGGCAAGCGAGGCGGCAGCGGUGGCAACCUUCAACCGAAUCCGGGCAAGAAGCAGCUGCGAACGGGAGGCGCCGCCAGUGCGGGUGGCGAUCUGGAGGCCAGCCUCGCCCUGAGGCCACCACCCAAGAAGUAAUUCUACCCCCAAGCCACCUA